AUGGCCGAAGGUACCCCUCGCAAACGCCGACGGUCGGCAAAUGCUGUGAGCACUGCCGUCAACGCAAGGUACGAUCUGAACGUCCCCUGCGGACGUGUACGCGCGCCAAACACUCGCUGGACUGCUCAUAUCGAGAUAGUCCUCCUCAACCCGACAGCGAAGAUCAUGUCCAUCAUCGAGCACUUUCGACCCAAUCCCGCGCGAGAAAUCAGCAGCAGCCUCUUGACCCCGUCCUCUCUCACCGACUGUGACAUCAAUGACGACCCGAGCCAAGCCAUCCGCGAUGUCCAGAAACGGCGGCGCUCCCUUGAGGAACGACUACUCCCUUGGUACUCCGUAUCUUCAAGAUGCUGGAAUAUGGAUCAAGCAGAUCCGGCUCUUUCAUCAGAUGAUUUCAAAAAGGAAACAGUCGACGCAGUCACGAAUGCUGAACCUCAGAGAUCGAUCAAGUCCCAGCGUGCCCCUGGCCUCGCCGAACCCCUGCCAGACCUGCGUAGCGCUAUCCCCUCCAAGCUGGAGAAGAGUGUGACGAGCUGGUGCAUUGGGUGUUACCUACGCACGUCCCGACCACUUCGAAUCAAUUCACCGUGUCCUCCACACCCCGUCAUUCUGGACAGAGCACGGCGAGUUUUGGAACAGCCCGAGUCCCGCUCACGCUCUGCUUUCCUUGUGAAGCUUGUGCUUGUUCUUGCCAUUGGCACCGUCUCCUAUUCCCGCGACGUCGGAACGAGAGAGAUCAAAACCAGCCCGUGCAAGAAUCGAUAUACGCCGCAGUGGUGGAUGGACACCUGCCUUGGUUAUCUGCAGUGGCCUGAUGCGAGGGCAGUGGCAGUGGCAGUGGCAGUGGGGUUACACCGUGCCGGCACAUUUUCCGCCCAUGCCAGCGCUGCAGGCAGAGUGGGAGAUGCGGCGACGACUGUGGGCUAG